GAGUAGGAGGCACCUUUAAUUCUCUGGUACACAGUUUGUCUGAGGAAGAGAUUUGUCCGUUGGAAGAGAGGAAGUCACUACAGAGUGCUGAGAAACAACAGGGUUUCCGAAAUGAGAGUUCAAACAUCAGCCAAAAGCCAGAAGUCCUCCCUCAGUGAAAUGCUGCUGCUACUUGUAUUAGCCGUUCUCUACCCAGGUGGGGACAAUCAGGGAGCCUCCCAGGAGCCAACCUCAUUCCACCUCAUCCAAAUCUCAUCCUUUGUCAACAGCACCUGGAUACAAUAUCACGGCUCAGGCUGGUUGGAUGACCUGCAGAUUCAUGGUUGGAAUAGUGUGGCGGACACUGCCAUAUUCCUGAAGCCCUGGUCGAAGGGCAAUUUCAGUGAUGUGGAGAUAUCUGAUUUGGUGGAGCUGUUUCGGGUCUAUACCUUUGCAUUCAUUCGAGAAAUGCGGGCCCACGUCCAUGCGUUCCACUUGGAAUACCCCUUUGAGAUCCAGGGCAUAGCAGGCUGUGAGCUGCAGCCCGGGGGAGCCAUCCUGAGCUUCUUAAGGGGGGCUUUAGGAGGCCUGGACUUUGUUUUAUCAGGAAAUCUGUCAACCCUCGUCAUGUCUUCUCUCCCAUUUGGAAUAAGUACAAGAAGUCCAGAAGCUUCGGAUGUUAGCCCAGCCGACAAUCUCAUGACAUUGCAUCCAGUGAUCAUGGAUUUUGAUCAAAUAAUAGUCCUCGUAGUUUCAAACAAUAAUCAUAAUGAAAAAUAA